CUUGCUUCGGUCCUACGAGUGAUCGCGUUGUCUUCGUCGGGUGCUGCCACGUUAUUAUUUACCAGACAAAACACAAAUAAAACCUCCUAGUGUAAAUGAUGGUCAUAUACUGUCCCUCCUCAGCAAUUAUCCCAAAGUGUCACUUUCAUUCACCAUUCCUUCCUUCCCCUCUUCUUCAUUAGUUUGGCUCACUAGCACACGACGUCAUGUAAUGAGAUGUGUGUGAAACACGCUGCUGCUACUGCUGCUACUGCUCCUCCUCCUUGCGUAUUUCAAAAAAGGCCACUUCUGCUUUUUGCAGCAUUCAAGUGGAUCUGACGCCUUUUGAAAGCAGAAGGCUCACGUUCGGCGAUGGAGCUACAAGCUGCUACUGGCUACUUGAACGUUGAUUGUCUGACCAGCACGUUGCCGGUUAUUCCCUGCCAGAAGCUGACCGACUUGAGCUACCUGAGCAGAGGCGGUUUCGGUACCGUGUUCAAGGCUCAGCACUCCGACUGGAGGACCACCGUGGCCAUCAAGUGCCUCAAGCUCGAUUCUCCGUUCGGCGAAAGAGACAGGAAUUGUCUGCUGAAGGAGGCAGAGGUCCUCCACAAAGCUCGCUUCAACUACAUCAUCCAAAUCUUUGGCAUCUGCAACGAGCCGGAGUGCUUCUGCAUCGUGACCGAGUUUAUGAGCAAUGGCUCUCUGGACCAACUUCUGCAUGAGAAGGACAUGUACCCUGUGGUCGCCUGGCCUUUGAGACUGAGAGUCCUAUAUGAGAUUGCCUUGGGAGUCAACUUCCUUCACAACAUGUCCCCGCCUCUCUUUCACCAUGACUUGAAGACACAGAAUAUUCUAUUGGACGGUGAAUUCCAUGUUAAGAUUGCAGAUUUUGGUCUGUCCAAGUGGCGCCAGCUGUCUGUCAGUAAAGGCUCAGUGUCGGAACCUUCGGAAAUUAGGGGCACGGUGAUCUACAUGCCCCCUGAGGAGUACGAACCCUCCAAGAGCCGCUGCGCUGACAUCAAACAUGACAUGUACAGUUACGCCAUCAUCAUGUGGGAGGUGCUCUCCAGGCAAAUUCCAUACGAUGAAGUGACCAACCCAAUGAAAAUCAUGUUCAACGUACUUCGUGGGAUGCGUCCUGACACCGGCUACGCCAGUUUGUCUGAUCAGAUCCCAAGCCGAGAUACGCUUGUUUGCUUAAUGACCUGCGGCUGGACCGCUAACCCCGAUGACCGACCUUCCUUCCUCAAGUGUCUCAUUGAACUGGAGCCCAUGAUGAGGAAGUUCACUCAAAUGGACUUCCUUAUGGCUGUGCUGGAGAUCAACAAGUCCAAGGAAAAUCCCCCGGAAGGUGUCGUGCAGAAAACGGGAGUGAUAAUUGUUGAUGAGUGCCUUCCUCUUUCUGUUGCUUGUAAGAAUGCGAAUGUCACCAUUUAUUGCUGCAAGGGGCAAUCCAGCUGCUGCUCGCCGCAGCCCGAGAAUGAAAAGAUGGCUGAGGACGAAACUCUGACGAAGCUGACGGACACAUCCCGCCCAUGGCCGGAAAGCUCCACCUCAGGCUCUGGCUCUUGUUCAUGUCAGGAAACAGACUUAUCACUUCCAGGCGCUCUCACCAGCACCAACAUGGAGUCUUCCAAAGCGGGACCGCCUUCAUCAGUCAGCGUUCAUACUCUGGAGCACCCUGAAUCUCUGAAGGAACCUUGUGCUGGCAACAAUCUGAACGGCUUCCAGAGCGCCCAGCCCAUCGACCACCUGAGCAAAUCUCUCCAAGCUGCUCUGCUCGUAACUGAGGGAAAAACACAUCUGGAGGCCCUUACACUGCGUGUAAAUUGUGCAGAGCCACAAGCAGAUAAUUCUCCUCCAUUACGCCGCUCGUCGCCUUCACAGGGUCCCGUCGGCCAGUGGGUGUCAACGCGACGUGAGGAGAUCGUGGCGCAGAUGACUGAAGCAUGCCUCAAUCAAAGCUUGGACGCCCUGCUCGCUCGCGCCAUGCUAAUGCGCGAGGAUUACGAACUGGUGGUGAACCAGGCCACGCGUGCCGCCAAGGUCCGCCAACUCCUGGACAACUGUCACAGGCACGGCGAAGAUUUCUGCCGGGUGGUUGUCCACAAGCUUCAUCACAACAAGCAGAUGGGCCUCCAGCCGUACCCCAUUGAAAUCAUUUCGGCCGCCGCCGCCUCGGUGCCCAGCGCACCGCCGCUUUCGGUGUCCCACAACAUCUCAAGGAACAUGUAGACCUGUAAUGGUAGACUGUGACAAAUAAUUGCUGACAAAGACUCUGAUGGCAUUUGUAGAAAACAAAUCCUUACAAGUAUGUUAAUGUCAGAUAAUGAUUUUUUUUUUUAAUUACAUUCCUGAUCAUCUCAUUAUGUCAAAUGAAGAUGAUAUUAACCAUAUGACCAAGGUCUCACAGCCAAUUUAACCGAUGUCUGGCCAAACUGAUCUUAUUCUGAUACUAGUACUGUUUACUCGUGCGUCAAACCAUGCGGUGGAGAUCACCUGCUCUGGCAGACAGGAAGUGGUAUGAUUAAUUUCAAAAUAAAAGCAUAUUCUCCCUUAGACUCAGGAAGUGGUGGGAUACAUUUUAGAACAAAAAUUAAUGCAGACAAAAUUGUUAAUAUUUCCCAGACAUUUGAACAUUAUGUAAAUGCACAUUAGCAGCAUUUAAUAACAGUACUUUUUCCCCUUUUGUAACUAUUUGACGCAAUAUUUUGGUAAAGUCUAUAGUCGGUAAUCUUUGUAAUUCUGUUUUUUAUUAUUAUUCUUUUCUUUCUAGAUUUGAUUAUGUAUUGUUUCAUUGUAUUUUCUAUUAAGUGUAUUAGGACCAGAUCAUUAUUUCAUUUUUGUGGCAUUUUUGUUUGGUGAUGUGACAUUUGUGUAAUGUCAAAUAUGUAAAUAUGUAUACAAUCUUUUAUAGUAACAUAA